AUGGGUGUUCAAAUAAUGAAAUAUCGUACAGCAAUACGACAAUUUUCGAAGGAGGCGCGGGAGGGUAAGCUAGAAAAAUGUGAUAAGAAAACUUUACAAUCAGCACUCAAUGAGGGUGGGCGAGAUGCCGUUGAAAAGUUAUUAAAGGUCGCAUUUAUGGAGUAUUCCAUGAAUUUCAUGUCUGAAGAAGAUAAGCAGAGAUUUAACUCAUUGAAACAAUUAAGUGAUCUUAGAUUUCCCGCAGAAUGGCAUCCAGCUGCAAGAACUAUACAGCGUAAGAUCAUUCUUCAUGUUGGGCCAACCAAUUCUGGAAAAACAUAUAACGCCCUUAAGUGUUUAGAGAGUGCAAAUUCUGGAGUGUAUUGUGGUCCUUUGCGUUUACUUGCACAUGAAGUAUUUGACCGAUUUAAUAGUAAGGGUAUCCCAUGCAAUCUUGUGACUGGAGAAGAAAGAAGAGAGUUAAAAGGGAUUAAUGUUCCUUUGACAUCUUCAACUAUUGAAAUGGUUAAUCUACAAAAACAAGUUGACGUUGCUGUGAUUGAUGAGAUUCAAAUGAUAAGUGAUCAACAGCGAGGAUGGGCAUGGACACAGGCCCUCUUGGCUAAAGAGAUUCACAUAUGUGGAGAACCUUCGGCUGUGCCACUCAUUAGGUCGAUUUGCCAAAGUCUCAAUGAAGACAUUGAGGUUCGAGAAUAUAAACGUCUUUCUACUCUUGAAAUAAGUCAAAAAUCACUUGAUGGUGAUCUUAAAAAAAUCAAAAAAGGCGAUUGCGUGGUAACUUUUUCCAGGAAAUCAAUCUUCAGUGUAAAGCAUGAAAUUGAAGCAGCUACUGGCCUUCGCUGUGCUGUUGCAUAUGGUAGCCUUCCACCUGAAACUCGUUCGCAACAGGCCAAAUUAUUCAAUGACCCCAAUAGUGGGUUUGAUGUACUGGUCGCAAGCGAUGCUAUUGGAAUGGGGUUAAAUUUAAAUAUUAAACGAAUAGUAUUUGAAUCCAUAAAAAAGUAUGAUGGAAUAGGUGUUCGAUAUAUCCCUAUUCCCCAGAUCAAGCAAAUCGCCGGACGAGCUGGCCGGUUUGGUACUGAAAACGCUGUUGGAGAAGUGACAGCACUCGAAAACAUGGAUUUAAGAUAUUUACAUCAAGCGAUGGCAGCACCACAUAAAGAUUUAGAAAUGGCAGGAUUACAACCUACAAUGGAAAUGGUAGAACUCUUUGCCCAUCAAUUGCCGGACAUUAAAGAGUUUGCGACUCUUUUGGAAAAAUUUGAAGAUUUAGCUCGAGUAGAUGGGCAAUACUUUUUAUGCAAUUUUCAUACGCAAAAGUUUAUUGCAAAUACAAUCGAACAUAUUGCCAUGACUAUUCCUGAACGAUUCAUUUUUGUUACCGGACCCGUAAACACAUCAGAUCAACGUAUCAUGAAGAAUGUACAAAAAGUAAUUGAAUUGUUUCCUUUGUUUGCUAUGUUGCAUAGCCAAGGAAGACCUUGUCACAUCUCAAAUAUUGUCUCUAUUCCAGAAAAAGUACCCCAUAAUGAUGAAAUGCUUGGAGAGCUCGAAUCUGUUCAUCGUACACUAAUGUUAUAUCUAUGGUUAAGUUACAAAUUUUCCGAGACAUUUGUUGAUGUAGAAUUGGCUCGUGAAAUGAAACUUAAAU